AUGCCGAGCAAUGUGGAGCUUAAGUGUACUCCUCUUCCUUCACUUGUGGACUCUUCGGACAUCGAUCCGUUCACACAAAGGCCGCGUACCUAUAAGGGUCCUAGAGGAGGUUCACCUGUGAUUUUUCGCGAACAAUGCCGCAACGCCCCAGGACCUUUAUUCAAUGAGGUGAAGCCAGUAAAAGAUAUGGAUCAUUUCCAUCGUGUUUCGUACACCCACAAGGUUCCGCGUAGCGUCCUCUACCACACUGAUGGUCCCGACUUCAUACGGGUGGGGUCGCGCUUCGAACCAUGCCCCGAGGCACAGCACGAUGGUGCGCCUUACGGCGCUGCUAUCCAAUGGCCACCCUAUCGGGCAGGUAGUUUUCCCGAGUAUUGGGAGCGCUCGAUGCUACCAAUCAACCACCAUGGACUCCUCGUCUUCCCGUCUACCUCAAAGACGUUACACGAGUAUCAGGAGGAGGACGCAAGAAACGUCGCCUAUGUAAAGCAGCUAAAGGUACCCACCGAAUAUCAAGAGCGCUACAUUGCUCGAAUACCCGUACCCCACAGACAGUGGAACUAG